AUGUUGUGUGUGAGUAAUGUGAUGAAUUUCUUGUUGGUUUUUUCUUCAUUCCAUCUAAAGAAAGUAGUUUAUGUAAUUUUCUAGUUUUGCAAGAGAAAAAGGAUAAAUAAAAUGUGGAUCUCACAAUUGUGAAAAUUGCGGUAUAGAAAGCUGUGCAGGCCUAGAAAAUAAAAGUAAUAAAAGCGAAUUAAAAAGUUAAUUUCGGAAUUUCUUGUAGUAACAGUAGUAGUAUACGAUAAAGAUCAUUAUGGUAUCAUCCAGUACUACAGUUGGCACAUCACAAAGGAAAAAUGUACGCAUAUUAUUGGUUGGUGAUCCGGGAGUUGGCAAAACAUCGCUUAUACUUUCCCUUGUGAGUGAAGAGUUUCCGGAAGAUGUACCCCCAAAAGCCGAAGAAAUUACCAUACCGGCAAAUGUAACACCUGAACAGGUGCCCACAAAUAUUGUUGACUAUUCUCACAUCGAACAGUCCGAGGAGGUUUUGAAUGAACAAAUCACCAAAAGUGAUGUCGUUUGCAUUGUCUAUGCCGUCGAUGACGAUGAUACCUUGGAUCGCAUUACAUCACAUUGGCUACCAUUAAUACGUAAGGCGGUCCCCGAGGACCAACAAAAGAAACCAAUUGUAUUGGUUGGAAAUAAAGUUGAUCUGAUCGAAUACUCGACCAUUAAUAGUGUUCUUGGUAUAAUGGAAGAAUUUCCCGAAGUUGAGAGUUGUGUAGAGUGUUCGGCAAAGACAUUGCACAAUAUUUCCGAAAUGUUUUACUAUGCACAAAAGGCGGUGUUGCAUCCAACUUCCCCACUUUAUGUAAUGGAUGAACAAGAUCUUACUCCUGCUUGCAAGAAGUCCCUGGUACGCAUAUUCAAAAUAUGCGAUAUCGAUGGUGAUAAUCUGCUCAAUGAUUAUGAGCUAAAUCUCUUUCAGCGACGUUGCUUUAAUACCCCAUUACAACCUCAGAUUCUGGACGAAGUAAAGGCCGUAAUACAAAAGAACAUUCAAGAUGGUAUCUACAAUGACUCGGUCACUUUGAAGGGAUUCCUAUUCUUGCAUUGUCUUUUCAUACAACGAGGACGCAAUGAAACUACUUGGGCGGUAUUGCGACGUUUCGGCUAUAAUGAACAAUUGGAAAUGAGCAAAGACUAUUUAAAGCCUACGUUAAAAAUACCACCUGGUAGCAGCACAGAACUAUCGCACAGAGGUCAGCAAUUUCUAACGGCUCUAUUUGAGCGUUAUGAUAAGGAUUGCGAUGGUGCUUUGUCACCUGAGGAACAUAAAAUGUUGUUUAGCACGUGUCCCCAUGCUCCUUGGUCGUAUUCGACGGAUAUACGCAAAUCUUGUACAGUAAAUGAUAAGGGUUGGGUAACACUUAAUGGCUGGAUAAGUCGUUGGGCCCUUAUGACUUUGACCGAUGUUAGUAAGACCUUGGAAUAUUUGGCAUACAUGGGCUUUAAUGUUCAUGAAAAUGAUACCCAGUUGGCAGCUAUACAUGUGACCAGAGAGAGACGUAUCGAUUUGGCUAAACGCCAAAGUUCACGUUCCGUAUACAUGUGUCAUGUUAUUGGACCAAAGGGCUCCGGCAAAACGGGUCUAUGUCGAGGUUUCUUGUUAGCAGAGGAUACAAAGUCAUUAAUAGGCAAAGAGUUUAAAACCAAUGUCAUUCACUGUGUAAAUACAGUACAAGUUUAUGGCCAGGAAAAACAUUUAAUUUUACGCGACAUUGAUGUCAAACAUGCUCUAGAUCCCCUACAACCUCAAGAAAUCAACUGUGAUGUUGCUUGUUUGGUCUACGAUUCCUCCAAUCCUCGUUCUUUUGAGUAUAUCGCACGCAUUUACAUUAAAUACUAUGCCGAAAGCAAAAUUCCCGUCAUGAUUGUGGGCACCAAAAGUGAUUUAGUGGAACGUCGCCAAGAUUAUCUGUUGCAGCCGGAUGAAUUCUGUCAAAAGUAUAAACUUUUGCCACCACAUCUAUUUAGCCUGAAGCAUAAUAAGAAGGAUAUCUAUGUUAAACUAGCAACCAUGGCGGCAUUUCCACGCUUUCAAGCCGCAUGGAUACUAUUUUACAAGCACAGGUUGGUACAGCUGUGGGAAUCGGCCCAUUUACGUCAAUUUGGACUUAUGACAGAGGAUCCCACACUCUGGUGGAAAGCUAGCCUAGGAGUGGCUGCCGCAACAGUUCUGGGUUUUGUGGUGCUAAAGGCGGUCCAUGGUUUAACCUCGCCCUCACGUUGAAACCUCUAUGCUCUAGUCUCCCCCUCCCCCCAGUACCCCCUAAAUGCAAAUGCAAACAACAUUCUUAGUUGAAAACUUUCACCUCUCACAAGCGCGUGUGUGUACAUAUUCUUAUCUAUACUUUACACUCUCACAUUACUCUACAUACUACUACUCUCUCCCAAAGCAAAGCUAAGGAAAUAACGGUUCAUUAAUUUUACUCAAGGAUCAAGCAAUGUUAUAUAAAUAUAAGACAAUGAUGGUGUUUACAUGGUGGUGAUUCAUGAUAAAUCGCAAACUAUUCAAUACGAAAUUUGUCUUAUUUUUAGUUUAUAGCAAAAAAAACAAAGGAAAAUUUAUAACUAAAAAAAAGAAGAAAAAAAUCCAAACAACUGGACAGUUGUCCUCACAAACAUGCAUACAUACAUAUAUAUUUUUAUAUAAUUAACUAAGUAAAUUUACAAAAACUUUACUUCAACUCACAUUCUGUUGUAUAUAAAUAUACAUCUGUAUGAACCCUAUCUCUAU